GGCUGGGAAAAUGUCUUGGAUAGACAAGGUCGGGAAGAAUGCGAGAGAUCAAGAAUACAGAUCAAAAUUCUGCCAGACCUUCUGGAUUUGCUGUGCCUUUGCUAUGCUUGGGAUAGUAUACGGUCAGCGAGGUCCUUCUUUUCUUGACCUUCAACUCGUCACCAAAGCAAACGUAGAACAAGUGUCGCAGCUGUUCACUAGCCAAUCAGCAGGCUACAUGUCAGGUGGCGUUAUCGGGGGCUUCCUCUACGAUCACUACGCCAAAUAUAGGUCGCUGCUACUGUUCGGAUCUACUUUCCUGAUGGCAGUCACGACUAUCAUUGUACCAUGGUGCUCAAACUACAUACUAAUGGUCGCCAUGUUUUACCUGUGUGCCGUAUGCAUGGGAGUACUGGAUGAUGGGGGUAAGUCCAGAAUCCUGAAUCUGUGGGGAGCACGUGGGACACCUUAUAUGCAGGCUGAACAUUUUAGUUACGGACUUGGUGGGUUUAUCGUCCCGUUGUUCACGGAACCAUUCCUCGCCCUAGAGUCAAACGUCACAAGCAAUAUCACCGGUGUUCUGCCAUUCCUUUGCAAUAAUACGACUCUGGGCGAAAUAAUUAAACAAACUGUCACGGGGACUAAAUCUGCAGCUUCCGUUUUGACAUCAGUCUUCUGGGCAGCAUUUGCUGCAGGACGAUUCCUCGGUAUCUUGGUCUCUACUUUCGUUUCCCCUAUAACCAUGCUGGCGAUCUGCUGUUCUACCUUGGCGGUGUCAAUGCUUUGCUUCACACUGUGUGCUCUCUUCAUGGUCCACCCAGCGAUCUGGGUGUUCACGUUCCUAUGCGGCCUCACCAUGGCGCCAAUAUACCCCACGGGUUUGGUGUGGACGGAGAAGGACCUCUUCAAAUUCUCUGGGAAACUGUUCUCUGUGAUACUGAUGGCUUCGUCCGGCGGAGCUCUGGCGAACCCUCCAACACUGGGUCAUCUUCUGCAGCACUACAGUCAGAUGUACGCCUAUCUGCAGCUUCUGGAAUCCGUCACCAUGGUGAUUGUGUUCAUCAGCCUCUAUGUUUUUGCUAGAGUCACCACCACACACAGAGAAAUGUCAGAUCAAAGUGUAGAAAUGAUGAAAUGUUUUAAUAUCAUGUGCUAUUUUGAUUAUUUUUCAGGGGGUAACUCCAGAAUCCUGAACCUAUGGGGAGCACGUGGGACACCUUAUAUGCAGGCUGCACAUUUUAGUUACGGACUUGGUGGGUUUAUCGUCCCGUUUUUCACGGAACCAUUCCUCGCCCUAGAGUCAAACGUCACAAGCAAUAUCACCGGUGUUCUGCCAUUCCUUUGCAAUAAUAUGACUCUGGGCGAAAUAAUUAAACAAACAAAUACCACAACUGAUCUGGUGCAUCUAAACACCACGGAAUUGGAUUGUUGGACUCGUUACAAUGGCGUAACGGUCGCACAAAGUGGUGUUACGGACGUACAUAAUAACAUGCCUGGUCCACUGCCUGAUUCUGACGAAUCGAUACUUUACAUAGCUUAUUUAAUCAGUGGAGCCUUGUGUAUUCUUUCAUCCAUACCGUUCAUCGUUCACUUCUGUACGUCAAAACACGAUGAGCGACAUCAGCAUCAUCAUCAUCAUCACCAUAAACAACGACCACGACGUCAUGUUAAACAGGACGCGGCGUACAGACACGGACGGUCCAUACCACAAUUUACCUUCAUUUUGUUGCUAGUUAUAUUAAUAUACAUCCUCUACGUAGCCGUCGAAUCAACCUUCAGCAACUUCCUGUUGGCAUUUGCAGUGCGCAAACUCGGCUGGACUAAAUCUGCAGCUUCCGUUUUGACAUCAGUCUUCUGGGCAGCAUUUGCUGCAGGACGAUUCCUCGGUAUCUUGGUCUCUACUUUCGUUUCCCCUAUAACCAUGCUGGCGAUCUGCUGUUCUACCUUGGCGGUGUCAAUGCUUUGCUUCACACUGUGUGCUCUCUUCAUGGUCCACCCAGCGAUCUGGGUGUUCACGUUCCUAUGCGGCCUCACCAUGGCGCCAAUAUACCCCACGGGUUUGGUGUGGACGGAGAAGGACCUCUUCAAAUUCUCUGGGAAACUGUUCUCUGUGAUACUGAUGGCUUCGUCCGGCGGAGCUCUGGCAAACUCUCCAAUACUGGGUCAUCUUCUGCAGCACUACAGUCAGAUGUGGUACGCCUAUCUGCAGCUUCUGGAAUCCGUUACCAUGGUGAUUGUGUUCGUCAGCCUCUAUGUUUUUGCUAGAGUCACCACCACACACAGAGAAAUGUCAGAUCAAGGUGUAGAAAUGGUAGAUGUGGAGGAAUCUAAUAAAGAGGAAAUGGAUGGAAUGAUCAAGGAUUCGUUAUAUGUUCCGUCAGAGUGAACAGUUCUUUCGUAACAAUUGUUUUUCAAAUCACAGAAUUCCAAAACUAGGUCUUAUACAAAGGAAGGAAAUGUUUUAUUUAACGACGCACUCAAUACAUUUUAUUUACGGUUAUAUGGCGUUGGAGGCUUAUACAAAGACUAAUAUUUGACAAAACGUUUAGGACGUCUCUCUCUCGUGAUGUUUCAAGGCAUCAGCAAGCUGUUCAUUUGAGUUAUCUAUAAGGCAGUUUAGAAUGAUGACUUGUUUUAAAAUAUUAUGUGACUUGUUUUGGCAAUAUUGUUAUAGCCAUGGACUAAUACUUGAAACGAAACUGUCUGCCACCACAUAGGGUUCUGUUAAUGCUGGUCGACAGCAAACUAUAAAUCUCCCACAAAUACGACAGCACAUACCAUAGUUUUUGUUGUUCUAGCUGUGUGGGGAAAAGGCAAAUAGCUCAGUGGGUGUGUCCAUCUAAAAGAACUAACUCUGCAACCCACUGUUUUCUGAUCGUUCUUGUAGUGUGUUUGCUCCUUGCGAAACAAAUCCGUACAGGUAUAGUGAAACCUGGUUUAAACAGCCACCAAAAGGAGUAUCAAAAACUAGCAUUUUGUAAGACCAGUGAUUGCUUUAUUAUAUAGGUAACUUCACACUAUAUUAGAUGAUUUAGGUGAAUGGGAAUGCGGCCUCUUUAACAAUGGUGGCUCGUUAAUAAAGGUGGCCGCUUGACCAGGUUUCACUGCGGUUCUCUGGGGGGAAAAGCUUCAGUGGUUUUAAAGCUGGUGGGUACUCGAUUUGCAUCCCGGUACCGGCUCCCAACAACAAGAGUGAAAGAAAGAAAUGUUUUAUUUAACGACGCACUCAACACAUUUUAUUUACGGUUAUAUGGCGUCAGACAUAUAGUCAAGGACC